AUGCGUUUGUCGGGGUUGCAGAAGGAGGUGUUGGCUCUGUACAGGACCUGCCUGCGCGAAAGCCGCAAGAAACCAGCUGCAACGCGAUCGCAUUUCGAAGCGUACGCCAGGACCGAGUUCAAUAAGAGUGUCGGUCUUGAUAAACGGGACUUUGGUGCUAUCGAAUUCCUGGUCCGUAAGGGACGGCGUCAAUUGGAAGUCUACUCUGCGCCUGGUAUCAAGGAUAUCCAUUGA